UAUGGUUGUGUGAUAAACGAACCACCACACCGACUGUGCAGCAGCAGUGAACCCUGGCGCCGAGUUCCGUAGACGGCAGAGAACGAGUCGGAACACAUGAGCCACUUAGAUAAGCCAGGGGGAUCCAGGAGACAAAGAAUCACCAUGGCGACCCAUACAGGUGUCUCCAAGGCCGGAUCCGAGAGGGAUUCUGGCUGUUCAGACGCCAGCUCCGGCUACCUCAGUGCCGUGGACCUGACUGACUUAGAGGAGAGCGGGAGGACCGCGUCCGCUGUUGGCCUGGACCACACAGCCGUGGUGGGUCGCUCUUACCCGGGAAUCAACCCCAUGAUCAUCAUGAACAACUUUGUCCUGAAGCAGUCCAACUCCGUCCCCCCGCCAGAGAAGCAGUGGAGCUUCCCCUCGUCCGUGGAGGUGGUGCCUCCAUCCCAGGUGGUGCUCCUCCAGCCGAUGGUGUCCAACUGCAGCGUCGCUCCCGCGAAGACCACCCCCGAAAAUAGCACCCAACCAAAAGACUACCUGCCGAUCCUCAAGUCCUACCCCAGAAUCGCGCCCCACCCUGGGGAGCGACCGUCGAAGCGCCAGGGAUCCGCCUCCCUGAGGACCGGCUCCGCCCCGGGACACGGCAAACACCGGCGGCGCCCGCACCACAGCAUCCGGCCCUACAGCUCGCCCAGCGCCACGCCCAUACGCCGGGCGCCGGUCAUGGCCCUCCCCCGACCCGACUCCCCGGCCCCGGGCGCCGACGGCCCGCCUCCCCCCGACGAGAAGCUCCGCCCGCUGCUCGCCGCCGCGGUGGCCCCGCGCGACCCCCCCGACCUGGCGCCGGCGGGCGACGGCCACCACGACGCCGUGCCCCAGGACGCGCUCGCCGACCACGGCAACAAGCUGAAGCGCUUCAGCAACACCUGUAACAUCCUCAGCAAGUCGGGCCUGCUGGGCAUCACCCUGCGCACCAAGCAGCUGAUGAGGGACAACCGCCGCACGCAGGGCCAGCUCCGGCUGCUCCAGGAGCACACCGACCUGCUCAUGGAGGCGCUCCGGACCGGAGACCCGCGCACCUGGACCCGGCUGCAGCUCGCCAUGCAGGACAAGGCCUCGCCGCAGUGUGAGGGGCCGCAGCUAGGGGGAGCCCUGCAGGGCAUCCCUGUGUGAGGUACAGGUAGAUGGAGGAAAGCGGCAGCAUAAAGCACAGAAUGAGUGGGGCUUUCUUUUAGGAGCCCUUGCUUGUUAGCAAUUUGCCCUUUCGCUGGUACGGAAUUGCACGUAUCGUAGGCGGUAGGGCUACUGGCCUCCCAGGUGAGCAAGCGGUGAAUGCAUGCCUUACCUUACCAUCAAGGAGGUAUGUAGGGCGACCCUGAAGGGUUUGAACAGGACUCCAGUAGAGAAGGUAUUUAUGGAGUACAGUCGAGUUUUGUUCAGCCGAACUUGUUUCAUAGAGGUGAUGUUGUCUUUCUGUUUUGCUUAUUAUGAGAUACAUAGACUACUGAAGUCUUGGAACUGUAGAGGGCUGACUUACUGAAUAUUGUUUAUAUUGUUGAUGUUACUUUAUUUAUGAUUUUAUUUUUCAAUCUAUUGACGAGACUAAAGCUACAUGAAGAAUAUGACGUCAAACGCGUAGUGACGCAUGAAUUAGAUCUGGUUGAACAAUUUGCCUCUGUAGAGAUGAAAGCUUGACCGUGUGUGAUAUUAUGUAGUAGCUUGUGAUGCUAACCAUCAGAAGAGAAACAGAAUUCAAAACAUUUAAUGUUACUUAUUUCAGAUUGUUCAGAAAAAAAUAAAAAGCGUUUUAGAAGGCAGGAAGACAUUUGAUCUGUUCAUUCGGUCCAGGAUCAUGCGCCUUCGAAAAUGUCUGUGAAUCUGCUCAUAGUCUAAUUUAAGUGUAUAGUCUAAAAGAGAUCUUAUCACUUUUCCUGUUCUUAGUGGCUAAAUCAAAACGUAAUAAGUAAACAUUUAAAAAAAGAUGCUCUUACUUUGAAGGUUUGUGGUUAAAGCAGUUCUGUAUUGUUGCUCCUGGCUUAUACUGAAUAACAAUCUGAGAGAUAAUGUGAAGAAUAAUAAGCAGUGUGAAUAACACUAACAAUAGAUACAAGUAUGGUUUCAUAUUUUAUUAGGAUAACGCUAUGGGACAUCCUCUAUUUCCUCUUCAAAGCAGCGAAAGACAGUUCUUAAUACCUUUUGUCCCCUAUUCAAAAAUGGAUGAUGAUGUUCCCUUUAAGAUUACUGCUACUUAUGUAGCUACAGUACAGUGCAAAGGGUCUAAAGACACACUUCUUAUUAAACGGUUCUGCAGACGAUGCUAAACCUUUUGAUUUAGCUGCCCCACAGUUCUUAACAAAUGUGUUCCCUUUGUUGUUAAGGUAAAACUUAUUGGUUACAAAAAUACAAUGUAAUUGUCCACUAUAACACUGAAGUUGGCGUAUUCAAUUAAUGAAUGAAUUAGGUCUUCGUUACAUCCUGGGCAUUAUGCGAUUAUAACAGAUGUUACAAUAAUACAGAUUGGUAUCUAAACAGUUUCUUAAUCAAAAAGAUUGACACUAUACAUCUACAAUAUGUGUAGCGUGUAAUGAUGUGGCCCAACAGCCUGUCUGAAAAACCUUAGUUAUAUUUGGCACAUGGAGAAUCGUCGAAAAAUAGUAAAAUAUUUAUAUUAAUAAUUGUCUCAGCUGCAGUAGCCUAGCAGAUAUGUCUUGACUGAUUGGAGAGCAACACCCUGUAGAAAAUACCCCUAAAUGCAUGUAACCGUCACAUGAGGCUGUCCAGUCUUUGAUUCAAUGGGCCUGCUCUUCUCUCAUCUUCUAACACCAGACCUAGGGUCUACCAGGCCUAUCACAAACAGCUAUGACCUAAGUUCACAGUCCUAUGUACAGGGGAAGAGCAAGAACAGUAAUACUGUAGAAAGUGCAAGUGAGGAUAUGUAUAAUGACUUAAUCUAGGAGAUAAAUACAUGACAAAGUCAUGAACAAAAUAGCUGAACAUUUCCAGCGUUCUAAAACAUAGAAAGGCCUAUAUUUAGUACCUUAUGCCACAUAAAUUAACCUAAAUAAUUGUGCUGUUCCUGGGCUGGUUAACAAACAGGUUCUGACUCCCGAGUCGAAGGACGAAUUGUGCAGGUGGAAAAACAUUCCAGCGUAUGAUUAUGUAGCCUAAUAUAUCCGCCAAAAGCGUUAUACCCUACAGUCCUUAACCUAGUGGGGAGCGGUGACUCUUAGCGCGAGUCAUUCGGUGUGCGCUUUGGGGUUCGCGUGUGCCACGGCGCUCGUCUCCACCGUCCGCACGGGCCAGACGAGUCCAAGGCCCCAGCGCGUACCGAAAACGUCGCGGAGGUUGCUUCUCCAGGGGCUGCGGCUCUGAACCAGCGUGCCUCGCUGCAGCUGACACCAGGUCUGUCCGCGGGCCACCAGCAGCACCUGCUGGCAGCAGAAGCCCGCACACACCAGUCCUAUGCCGAGCCAAACGUAGAGCAUGAUGACCAGGAACAGCUGCAGCCCAGAGACGCCUCCUGGUGGGGGGAGAACGUGUGAACCACAUUUCAAAGACAGUCUAAUGAGACGCAGUCGCGUGAUUCAUGGAUUAGGGAUGGCCCGUAAUAAUAUUGAUACGCGUCAGGCGUUUACAACCAAAAGUUUGAGGGGGGCAAUAAUUCUCCUGCCACUACUUUAGUGUUCAUUGACCAAAGCUGUGAACGACUUACCUAUGAAGAAGUAACCCGUGGAGAGGGGGAGAAGGGUCAGAAAGGUCAACGGGUUCUCGAAAGAGAUGUCGUACUCCACCGUGAGAAAGGCCACUCCGAGGACCAGCGAGUAGAGGCAGGUGCACGACGUGUAGAUGCAGAACAUGAUGAAGUAGCGCAUGUUCCUGUUGCCGAUGCAGUUCCCCGUGAAGAAGCAGUGGUGGUCCCUCUUCAGGAUCACCUUCUUACACAGCUUGCAGAAAUGACGGCCGUUCAGGAGGUAGUGAGCGUCGAUCCUGUCCGAGCAAUCCGGUGAGCACACCGGGAUUACCAUCGGGUCGUUGGCGCUUUCCG